GCUUGCAAGAUUGCAGAUGUAGAUCUUUCUCUAUUGUACAUGUACAUGUAAAGGCGCAAGCCAGAAAGCAGAGUUAGAUGGCUGCAAGAUCGGCUCUAUGGCGUACUCAGGGUUGGAUCAACGGUAGCUGGAGGGCAGCAAGGUCUGGCAUGACCUAUCCUGUCUACAGUCCCUCCACUGGUGAGGUUCUGGCCCAGGUACCUGACAUGACUCCAGAGGAUGCACAAGAGGCUGUGCAGAGUGCAUACCAAGCUCAGAAGUCAUGGGCAGCAGCCACAGCCAAGGAACGCUCUGGGGUGUUGAGGAGAUGGUACGAUCUCUUGCUACAGAACGAGGGGGACAUUGCUCAGCUGGUGGCUUGUGAAGCAGGCAAGCCACUGAGUGAGGCAUUGACAGAAGUACGAUAUGCUGCUUCCUUCCUCGAGUGGUUCUCUGAAGAGGCUAAGAGGAUCAACGGGAGCAUCAUACCUGCCCCUAUGAAAGGACGCCGGGUACUCGUUCUCAAACAACCAGUGGGAGUGGCUGCUCUCAUUACACCAUGGAACUUUCCCAUUGCCAUGGUUACUCGUAAAGUGGGGCCAGCACUGGCGGCUGGUUGCUCUGCUGUUCUCAAACCAUCAGAAGAAACGCCAUUGUCAGCACUUGCCUUGGCUCAGUUGUCGGUGGAGGCUGGUGUCCCUGCCGGAGUGUUGAAUGUGGUUACUGCGAGCCGUCGGUCGACCCCUGCACUGGUGCAGUACCUCACAAGUCACGACCUCAUCACCAAGCUCUCCUUCACUGGCUCAAUGGCUGUUGGCAAGCUCCUCAUGUCUCAGUGUGCCUCUACGGUGAAGAAGCUCUCACUGGAGCUUGGAGGGAAUGCCCCCUUUAUUGUGUUUGACUCUGCCGAUGUGAAGCUGGCCGUACAGGGAACGAUGGCCUCCAAGUUCAGGAACACUGGUCAAACAUGCAUCGCUCCUAACAGGAUCCUGGUGCAGAGUGGAGUACAUGAUGAGUACGUACAAGCUCUGAGUGAGGCAGUAUCGGGUCUGAAACAAGGCGACCCUCUGUCGGAGGGGGUCAACCAGGGCUGUCUUAUCAACAUCACUGCCAGAGACAAGAUUGAGAGUCUGAUGAGUGAUGCUCGUGAGAAGGGUGCCCGUGUAGAAGUGGGUGGAGAUUGCAACGAGAGCCUAGGGCCUUUGUUCUACCAACCCACAGUCCUGACACACACAAGCUCAGAGAUGAGGAUCACUCAGGAGGAGAUAUUUGGACCAGUGGCGCCGAUUAUGAAAUUUGAUCGAGAGGAAGAAGCUGUUGCUCUUGCUAACGCCACUCCGUAUGGACUUGCAGCUUAUUUCUACUCGUCUGAUGCUGCUCAGAUCUGGCGAGUUGGUGAGGAGGUGGAGGCUGGUAUCGUGGGGGUUAAUGAGGGAGCUGUGAGCUCAGAGAUGGUGCCCUUUGGAGGGAUCAAACAAAGUGGACUGGGGAGAGAGGGAUCCGUGUUUGGGAUUGAUGACUAUAUAGAACUGAAGUACUUGUGUAUUGGCAAUGUUUAGACGUUUAAUGUGUUGUUUGUGUCAGACAUUUAACUUAUUGUUACGCUCGACGAGCUUCAUGAAUAUCAUUAUGGUCA